UUGCAUUACAUGAAGAAAAUACUUGUGUAAUAUGAGCCCUGCAAGAUCUAGCACCCUCCUUCUCUCACCGCCUGCCCACAUCUCUUGGGAGGGUGGGAUCCUGGCUACAAAAGCUGUUCCCGCUGCUAGAAAGUCCUGUCAGUCCACCUGGCAUGAGUUGUGGGAAGAAAUACGAACGGCUGGUGCUUUGGGGGAUUUCUGGUGGAAGAAUAAGCAGUCCAAAAGAGAAGAAGCUGUAGCUGAGAACUAAGGCAUAAGGUGGUCCAGGGUUAAAAGAAGACCGUGAUUUUGUGCCUACAUACAUCCUCUCUGCUGAGGAGCCGCUGUUCGGUUGGAGAAUUAAAGAAAGCCGGAGCGCGGCUUCAGCGAAAACAAGGGGAAGAAGGAGUGACCUUUUGUGAGGGGAGAAAAUCCAUCAACAGAGCGCCCAGUGUUCUGCAAAGCCGCCGAGUGAAAGAGGCUGGCAAGGUGGAAAAAGGGAAGCAUUCCAGUACCUUCCAUGACUCUUGACUGCCAUCUGUUCUGGACUCUACGCACUUGAUUUGAACUCAUCAGAGAGUCUUUAAUAAAUCCAUUUUCAAGGGGGAAAAAGUAGUAUUUCCUUACCCAGGGCUUAUUCUUUUGAAGUUCACCUAACAAGAGGAGAAAGUAUAUUUCACACUGCUGAUCAUUUCCUCUCUGUCUCCUUGGGCGGCAAACAGAAAAAUCACCGUCGCUUGUUUUGUUUAAAUGUGUAGAGGAGAAAUUAGCAGCUGUUCAAGGAGAGCAGAAGAAAAAUAUACCUGAAGUUGGCUUAUUAUUGAUAAUAAUAUUAUUAUUGCCACAAGGGGAGAAAAUAGACCACCCAUGUUUGAGUCUUCAGUUGUUCAGUGGCCCAACAAUGGCAUCGAUUCCUUUGAACACUAAAAGUAAUUAGGACAGCUACUGGUAGCCAAAGAUGAUUGUGCAGAAAUAGCACAGUGCCGUCUGCUUUGGCUGACCUCAGUUGCUGACCCAAGGCAAAAAAGAGCCUCACAAGAUGCUCGCCGUUCGAAAGAGGAGCCUCAAAGUCUUCACAUUUGCCUUACUUUUCGUCCUCACCAUCACCUCCUUCUUGCUCAACUACACGAACAAUGCCCUCACGGUCGCCUGGGACCCCAAACACUUUGUGUACCAAAUUUCGGAGCAGUUUAAAAAACUCAUGAAUUACUCCUGGAGGCCGUGCGGUUGCAGCACGUGCGUCUCUGAAGAAGGAGUCUCGCUCUGGUUCGACGAGAGAUUCAACCAAACUAUGCAACCUUUACUGACCGCCCGGAAUGCCUUCAUGCCCGAAGACAGCUAUAAGUGGUGGCUGAAACUGCAAGGUGAAAGAAGCCCCAAAGGUAUCAACGAGACCAUCCAGGAGUUGUUUGAGAUCAUUCCUGGAGAUGGAGACCAACUUUUGGAGAGAAGCAGCUCACAAUGCAGGCGAUGUGCCGUAGUGGGGAACUCGGGCAACCUUAAACAAUCAAAUUAUGGCCAAGACAUUAACAGCCACGACUUUGUCUUCAGAAUGAACAAAGCCCCAACGGUCGGUUUUGAGGAGGACGUCGGAAGCAAAACGACGCAUCACUUUGUCUACCCAGAGAGCUACAGAGACCUCGGGGAGAACGUCAGCAUGAUCCUUAUCCCUUUUAAAACCCUGGACUUGCGCUGGGUCACCAGCGCCCUCACCACAGGCACCAUCAACCACACAUAUAUUCCAGUUCCCCGUAAAAUAAAAGCAAACAAAGACAAGAUCCUGGUUUAUCAUCCCGUCUUUAUAAAAUACGUGUAUGACAGCUGGUUACAACACCAUGGAAGAUACCCAUCAACAGGCUUUCUGUCCGUCAUAUUUGCUCUUCAUGUCUGCGAUGAGGUAAGUCUAUAUGGCUUUGGGGCAGACAGCAAAGGAAACUGGCACCAUUACUGGGAAAACAAUCCCUCGGCAGGGGCUUUUCGUCAGACGGGCGUCCACGAUGGGGACUUUGAAUCUAACCUUACGUUGACUCUGGCCUCAAUUGAUAAAAUACACUUCUUCAAGGGAAGAUGACCCUGGUUGCAAGCCAAGCAGUGAUCUCUACCUGCAGGGAUUACAGGUAAAUUUACGAGAAGAAACAAGGAUUUGGAACAGUCAAUAUCUUGCGCCUCAGCUGAUGAAGCCACCACCGACUGCUGGAUCAGAAUGAGCAAGCAGUGUCUCUCAGCACCAUGAAUCGGCCUCGGUUUUCCUUUGUUUUUAACCGAUGAUUGAAGGAUGUGGUAAAACUCCUUUGAAAGUGGUGCUGGAAAAGACACGUCCCUGCUCCGUCCUUCUCUUGGAAGGUAUUUUGAAGCUGGAAUUUUGCCUCACGAAAGUUAUAAAGAAAGCCAGCGGAUCCCCCUCUCCUUUUCUAAGAGCGUCCGAAUACAUACCUUGGGUUUUCU